GGCACGACAUUACAGGACUCUACAAGAAAUGUACAAAGCAAAGAAGCCAAACAAAGCUGCUGUAACUCAUCUAUUAGACCUGGAGUUCCAGUCCAGAAGAAAUUUAAUUGACUCAAAUGCUUUGAAGGAGCAAGACAGACCCACAAAAAUUUUACAGGCAUACCCGUGCUUCAAAGAACUGGACCAUGUAAUGGAUGAACUGCGGAGAGUCAUUGAGCCAAACAAUAGCCAAUACACUUCUGAAGUGAAAGGCAGGUGGGAGAACUUCUGCUCCAAGGUUCAGUUUUAUGGCGUCAUGAAGAAAGUCAUGAAGCCUCCAAGGACAUUAAAUGGAUUUGAACAUGCCAUCGCAGUUUUUACUGCCCUGCCACUGCUCUUCCCAUCUGGCUCUGGAGCACCCAAGAAACUGGUCCCAAUCGGUGAGGCUCUUUUCCACGUCCUUACGCCCUCAGAGGAUCCUGAUACCUACAUCCACCAGCGUGUGCUUUCUAGUCCUGUCUUGCUGGUUGGUGAGCAGAACUGCAUUGUGGUUGUAGGUAAAACUCCAGUUGUAACUUUUGAGAAAGAUUUGCUCCACGAGGGACCUCUCUACCUUCUGGCCUAUUACUAUGCAUUUCACCUGACAUAUCCCAAGUGUAUUGCCACACUCUUGUCUGUGUUACAAACACAAGUACUUGGAGAUGUCAUCCAUGAGCAGGAUGCAACCUCCUCGUACAAGAAGGCCAUUCAUGAAUGGAAAAUGUUUGUUGAGUAAUUUCUUUUCAAAGAUGUUGUAUGACUAAGGCAGUGAUAGCUGCAGUGUUUUUAUUUUUUUAUG